GAUAUACGAGAAUCCGCCUUCGUCUACGCCAGCACGUCCGCCGGGGUGGUGUACGCCGUCACGCAGGCCUGCAGCAUGGGGGCGCUGCUACAGUGCACGUGCGACCACAACGCCCGGGACAUGAGCACGGACGGCGAGUGGGAGUGGGGCGGCUGCGGAGACAACGUGGAGUACGGCUACCGGAAGUCGCGCGAGUUCAUGGACGCCCGGAAGCGGAACAGGAGAGGGGACUUCACCGCCAUGAUUCAGCUCCAUAAUAACGAGGCUGGGAGACUGGUGAGUGAGUGAGCUGUGCGUGAGAUUGGGUGACUCGCGUGCGAUGUUUUUUGAGGCAGAGAGCUACCCUUGCAGCUGCUCUGAGCACAGUAUAUUAAAUACUACACAAAUUCAUUUUUUUGUUUUGAAGUUGCAAUAAGCGAUAUCUUUUUGUUCUUAUACAAAAAUUCCAAGUUCCCCAAUACCUAGUUUAAGAUUCUUGGUCAAUAAAUCACAAGGUCGUGAUCUCUUCAUGCAAAUUCAAUAUUUCAGUAUCCCAGUUCAAAGUCCCAUUACCAAAUGUUCUAUUUUAUGUUCCUAAGUUAAAAUUCGUAUGUUCAACCCUUAAUGAAGCUGUAGUUCCAUACAUCCAGUCUUAUCUCGCCUUCACUAUGAGGUCGGGUGGAGUGUGAGAGGCCUAUGUUUAUUCAUCAUGCUAAUCUCAAACUAUGCCACAUAUUUAUUUUUUUUGUUGAACUACUCUGCAGAGUGUCAAGAAUUACAUGAGACGGGAGUGUAAGUGUCACGGCCUCUCGGGGUCCUGCACCCUGAAGACGUGCUGGAAGAAAAUGCCGCCUUUCCGAGAGGUCAGCAACAGGCUCAAGGAGCGCUUCGACGGCGCCAUCAAAGUCAUCAUCUCCAACGACGGCAAGAACAUAAUCCCGGAGGGCUCCACGAUCAAGCCGCCCUCCAAGCAGGACCUCGUGUACUCCGACCCCUCUCCGGACUUCUGCAAGAAGAACAAGAACGUGGGCUCGCUGGGGACGAAGGGUCGCGAGUGCGACCCCGAAUCGAUGGGGGUCGGCGGCUGCGACCUGCUGUGCUGCAACCGGGGCUACACCAAGCAGCAGGUCACCCUGAGGGAGAACUGCAAGUGCCGGUUCCUGUGGUGCUGCGAGGUGGUCUGCGAGACGUGCGAGACCACCAAAGUCAUUCACAGGUGUGCGUAG